GUGGGCCAAGAUCAAUGUGGCAUUUAUAUCGAAUGAACUUCAGUGUUUAGUGUUUUUGUGAAUUUUCCUUAGUCAUUGUUGUCAUCAUAGCCAUCAGCACUUUUUUUUUGUUAAAAAUUAUCUUCAAUACCUUUCUUACCUGUUGGUGUUACUGUGGCAACCCUGCAUGUGUUCCGCACAAUCCUUUGGGUCCGAUAUUUUUAUAACAUUUCUCCCAGCAAGAUGAGUUUUAGUAAUGAUAUAAUCAUAACCGCCAUGGAUCGUUUUGUUUGGUUUGUGUUGCUCGUGGUCUUCUCACAUUUGGUCACAGAAUUCACACGAGUCACCGGUUAUGCGAGGGGGCCGCGUCACGAUGCGGUGUUGGUGAACGACUCCUUAAUUCGACCUAUAAGAGUUCAGAAUCUAGUACUGUAUCCUGGUCAGGAAUAUGGACAGUACGGUCAGCCAAACCCCUCGUAUUACAGCGGCAGCAGUCAAUACAACAACUACGACAAUAAUGCCAAUGCUGGCAAUGCCAAUACCAAUACCAACCCCAACAACAAUAACAACAACAAUUUCAUUAGUAAUAUGUUUAGUGGGCUAUUCAAUCAAAAUGGCAAUAGCAACAACAACAAUGCCGGCAAUAGUAACAACAAUGGCUACAAUAACAACAAUGGACCUGAUUAUUCUCAAACAAAUUCGAAUAUGGGUAAUGCAGGAGCUCCAGCUGCCAUGAUCAAACCCAUGGGAAUAGUGAGACCCAUAAUCGACAGCAUUUUCGAGAUACCAAUUUCGACAUUACGUGCUGUCAAUAAUCUGGUUGGACGUUUAACAGGAAGUUAUCAAAUCCAAAUGCCAUACCAACAACAGCAGCCGCAGCAAAACAACUAUCUGCCAAGACCAACAUUAGCAGGCUCCGCCACAGAGUCAUCACAAGUCCCACCUCCGCAACAGCAGCAGCAACCAUACUUUCCAUUCUUUCCAUCGCUGCCUUCGUUUGCUUUCUUAACGAUGACGCCCGCUACCCCAGGCACCACUCCGCCAUCGGUCUACAUCAGUGGAAUGCAAAAAUCUGCCACAGGAAAAGCAGCAACAGCAUCACCACCUAAAAAUGAAAUUGAAAUGCUGGAAAAGAUGAGGCAAAUCGGCAGCCGAAUUAGCAGUGGCAGCAGCAGCAGCAAACAACAACAACAAUAGCAUCUGCCAUUUAAAUGCAUUCGUACCAGAGAUGGAUGAAGCAAUAACAAAUACUUAGAUUUACCAAAAAGUAUUGCCAUUUAGGGUAGGGGUGACUGUUUGCAUCCCUCCUCUUUACCAAUGGCCACCACGAAUUGCGGUUGGUUUUUGGCAGCUGCCGGUUGUAUGAAGCAUGAAAAGGAAAGAGAGGCGAGAGUGUGAAAAAUGUUUUGCUAAAGUAAGAAUUUAAUUAAAUGGUAUUUUAAUUGAUUUUAAGUUUUCCAUUUAGUCUGUGUCCAAACUUAAGUCCUUUGCCU